ACCCUAUGUAAGGUAGCACAACUAGAAGGGAGGAAACCGAGUUGUCUAUCUGUCCUUGUGUGUGUGUAUGCGUGUGUACGUGUGUAUAUGUGUAUAACUUCAUUCUAGAACAAAGCUGUUUGCCAGAGUAAUAUCAAUACACACAUAUCAGUGUGUAAACAGUUAAGUGUGACCUUUCACAAGGUAAUCAUUGACACUAUUAUUAUAAAGUUUUAUAUAAACAUGGAGUCAUUGACAAUCGUAUUAUAACGAUUCAGCUAAACAUGGAGUCAUUGACAAUUCUUAAUCGCCUAUACAAAAUGCAAUAAAAAUGAACGUGUCAAUUUUAAAAGGAAACAAAACUCACUAUUUCUUAAGUCACACAUGAUUAUAUUUUAUAACUUUAACAUCUUUUAAAAAUAAAUUGUAUGGUUAUUUCGUUUAUUAAAUAGAACAUCUCCUAAUGGGUGCUGUCUCUCUAUGCCUCUUGGGGGCCUUAAGCCUCUAGGAGGCAUCACGCCUCUGGGAACCUCACGCCUCAGAGGGGUCUCACGCUUGUAAGGGUAAUAUGCUCUCAAUAUUAUUAGAGAAUACUGCAAGAUGACAGAAGCGAAAUCAAAAAUGGUAUAUAAGUACAUAGAUGAACUGAAAAUAAGUUAAUUGCUGCAAAAAUUGGAUGAUAAAAACCUAGAGAAUUGCGUUUAAAUAUUUUAUCAAUCUCUCAAAAAAGGAAUGAAAGUAGUGCCUUACUUCAAAAUAAAAAAAAUUAAAAUUAAAUUAUUAUUUCUUUUUUUUUAAAAUUCAAUACAAAAUAUUCAAAAUGGGGUUCGGGGUCUGAUUAUUUAGAUAGCGUUGUAAUCUAAAAUUAAAAACUAUUUGUAAUAAAGCAUAUACAAUUUAUUAUACAGGCCAGUUACUUAAUUUUCAGUAUAUUCCAGUAAAAAAAAAAAAAAGAGGACAUGCUGAAGAAGGCGCACAUUUUGAUGCUUGUAAAAACUAUUAUAUGUAAGAGUUAAAUUUUCUAUUAACGUAAAAAAAAAAAAAAUAAAAUACUUAAUUUUCAGUAUAUUCCAGUAAAAAAAAAAAAAAGAGGACAUGCUGAAGAAGGCGCACAUUUUGAUGCUUGUAACAACGACUAUAUGUAAGAGUUGAAUUUGCUAUUAACGUUAAAAAAAAUAAAAUAAAAACAACUCACUUAUGAGUUUUUAUUAUAUUAAUAUAUAAUUCUGCCAGAAGAUGUUUCUAUUACAUUUCAGGAACGAUUUUUAUGAUUAUAUAAUUGUAAUAUCCUUACAGCAUUUUUACAAGGCCAAGAAAUUGAAGUCUUUAAGAUUCGGCAAGAAGAUUGCGAUACAAAAUGUGAAAAUGGACUACUAAAUGGAAUAGACAUCCUUUCCUUAAACACACGAGUGAUUUUACCUACGGAUCUCCUAAAUAACUCAGCUGUAAUCUUUGAGAUAAGGCCAACAUCAAGUACAUUAUUUAACUCUGUGAGUCUCCAAAAUGUUGCUACAAAAAGCAUACUUAAAAGAAUUAUUAUAAAAUAUUACAUUAGUGCUUAUAAAAUAUAAAGACAACAUAUUAUUUAAUUAUUUGUUCAAUAUUAGAGAACCUAUUUUAUUAAAAAAAAUAUUGUUUCAAUUAAAAUAAUAGUUAUUAUAAUUAAUUGUUUAACUCAUUAAAACCGUUUUCUACAAGAGCAUUGUUAGUAUAUUAUAAAGAAUAUUUACAUCAGUUUUGACCUUUAACAUUUUAUAAAACACUUUGCUGCUUAAUAUUUAGGACACAUAUUUAAUAGUGCAGUGAGCAAUACUUCAUAUGUUAAAAGCUUCAGUUUUACUUUAUGCGUUUUAAAAUGAAAAAAUACAAACAUUUUGUAUCCAGUUGUUUUCUGUAGAUAUAAAAUCUGACUGCACGGAAAGCAAAAAUCCUGGAAGCAGCUACCAUUGUUCUAAGAUCUCCGAAAAUAUGUUUAACAUCUCAAUGACUAUCAAUGCGGUAACUGCAUUAAGCGAAGCAACGGUUCGAGGUGAAAUAAAACACUAUAAUCUAACUACAAUAGCCCACUCUGAGCAGACUUUACCAAUUAUCUGUGGUGUGUAUUACAUUUAAGUCUUAUUUACUUUAUAUUUAAAAAUGUGUACGUCUUUUUAUUUAAGAUUUUAAAUUAUUUGAUUUAACUUUUAAAACUUUUUAUCCUACAUGAUAAAGAAAGUUGAUUUUAUUUUUAUUUUUAUCAAAUAAUUUUGUGUAGUUCUUUUUUUUCGGGGGGGGGUGGGAGUUGUAAUUGAUAAACACAAAUUAGUUUAAUCUCUUCAGAAAAUGUAUCAUUACAAAAAUAAUAAAGAUUAGUCAUAUAAAUUUUGAUUUUUGUUGUUUGUUUUUGUUUGUUUUUUUAAAAUGAUGUUAUCAAAAUAUUUAUGUAAAUUUUGACAUAUUUAAUUAUUUAUUUCAUUUUUUUUUAAAUUUAAUAUUUGAUAUUUUUUUCAGAAUCUAAAGAUGUUGCCGGUUUUUUACAAAUCAAUGGAGAAAAUGUAACUGAUUUAAAUAAUUGUACGGUAUCGAUGAAGGAGGAUGAUUUAAAUUUAGAAUUUGAAUGCAUUGGCCUGGCAAAACCAUGUGUAAUAGAAGUAACCUCUUCUGUUUGGAAUGAGAGAAAUGUGGGAGAAAACAAAGUUGUUAUUAAACGGUCACUAAAUCAAGAUGCUGAGAUAAAAAUAAGGCACGCCCUUUGUAGAUUGGACAAGGAUGUUUUCAAUAUGACGUGUAAAGUCAUUGCAGGUAAGAGAGGGGUCAUUAAAUUCAAAAAAUGGAUAUUAAAUUUAAUGGAAUCAUUAGAACAUUUACUUAAAUAGAAUUUACAAUAUUACGAUUUUUUUAAAAACCCUUUCCUAAACGCCCUAAGCUAAUGCAUGCUUAUACUUAUACGUCAAUGUUUAUUGUAGUAAACUUAUUAUUAUGUCCAAUGAAAGAAACAACAAUGUGUUAAAAUUAUAUAAAUGUUUAGAUUGGAAGCAUUACGUAAAACUAAUGCAUGCUUUUCCGAUGAUAUUAACUUAUUCCCACUGUGUACUAGAACGAUUAGCAAUCUAUAUAAAAACACAUUUUGGCUUUAAGAUUUACUGCCAUACAUAUUAUAUUCAUUUCAAAGUAGAUUGCCCUAUAAAGAUUUGAUGACUUUUAAUUACAUGAUUUUGUUUAUAAUUAUUGUAAAAAACGUAAGGCGAAUAUUAAUAUAUUAAUAUAUGUCUAAGUUAAAAAUAAAAUAAGUUAGUAAUGUAUUCACAUAUGACAUAAGAAUGGGAAACAUACUCAUUUUAUUCAUUAUGCGUAACAACUAUUUAUUAUGUCGUAUUUUUAUUAGAGAAAACAUGUAAUACUUUUAUAAUUUUAAAUAUUAAUGAUUUUUGCAUUUUUAGUUGAUUUUUUAAUUUAAUACAAAAUAAAAUUUAAUGUGAAUUAUAUAAUGACAAUAUUUUUGUUUGUCUAAUCUCUCUUAUGUUGGUCCUCAGUUUCCAAAAAACAUCAUACAGAAUUAAUAAUCAUUGUACUAAUCACAGGAAUUCUUACAGUUAUUGUUUUUUUGUUUUCGUUAUACAGGUAAUUAUAAUAGUAUAUUACGCUAAGCUACUAAAGAAAUGCUCUUCUAAGAAUGUAUGUUAAUAUAAUGAACUCCAUUAAUUAAUCUAUUUACCUAUUUUCUUUUUCUUUUCUUAGACCCCAAAAAUAUUAGACGUAAUAUAACUAUUUUGUUUAAACGAACGUUUUAUUGCGUUUAAAAAUUUCAUAUAUCUACGAAUCCUAUUUAAAAAAAAAAAAAAAUUCUUAAAUAACUAAUUUAUCGCUAGUUAAGAAUUUUCUGUGCACGCUAUCAUUAAAUGUAGAUUUCGUUUGAUCAAAUGUUAAAAAUGGGUUGCUGUUUUUUUUUUGUAUACAGUACAAUACAACUAACGAUCUCCUACAAUUGUUUUGUUUUAUCUUCCAGAACUAAAUAUAUGUUAUUAUUUUUAAUAGCAAAUUUCGAUCUAUGUAGAAGCAGAUGUUCUUCUAUUUGUAUGUUAUAUUCAUUUGCUUUCCAUUUUGUGUUAAGUCUGCAGAAAAUCAUCUCAAACCAUAUGAAGAAAGGUUAGUUAAAGUUAUAUAUGUAUAACGACAUAUAACGCGUGGAUAGGUACUGCUAUUAAGAGAAUAUUUUGAACUUUUUAUUAUUUUUAAUCAAUUAAAUUUCGUUUGGUAUAAGUAAAUAUAAAAUAUCUUACCCAUAAAAAUAUUACCAUAAAUAAAUAAGUUUGAUAAUAAAAAGAAUAUUUGAAGGGAAAUAAAUUAUUUCCAUAGGUUAAAUCAUAGCUGGGAUUUUUAAAGACAGCCAGUUCCCUUGACUUUAAUCCUCAUUAAAAGAGUUAGUAAACCGAUGAUAUUUGUAAUUGAUAUUUAUAUUCAAAUUUAAAUUAAAUCAUGUGAAAUAUAUUACAAAAUGUUUACAAAUAAUUAUAAAAGGCAUUUUUCUACUUAAAUUCACCGAAAAUCAGAAAGGUGUCGGUAAAGUGUCAUAAUUACUUUCUAAUUUUGUUUGUAGAGUUAGGAUACAAUUGUUUCUCUUGUUUUAUCAUUAUUAAAUAUUUACAAAAUGACAUGAGCGUUUAAAACAAGAAGAAUUGAUGAAAACAGACAUUUUACUUUUUCCGGUUCUGCCAGUUUAUAAAAUAGAAUAAAACCGUUAAAAACAAUUUUAUUUAUGGUCUUAUUAUUGAAGAACAAAAUUUGACAAUUUUGUUUAAAUAAAUAAGGGAAUCGCUAUCACGUCAUCAAUAUGUUUAUGUUAUUAAAUGGUAUGUCAUUCUUAAGCAAUAUAUCAUUUAAAAUACUAUGUAUAUAUAUAUAUAUAUAUAUAUAUAUAUAUAUAUAUAUAUAUAUAUAUAUUCAUAUGUUUUAUCAAAAUCCUUUCCAGUACAAGACCUCGAGCAAAAUCCUGAUGAAGUUGUUACCUUAAAAUCCAAAGGUAUUAUUUCUAUAUUUAAAAGAAAUUUUCAGUGAACACUAUUUUACAAUAACUUGGUGGAGGCAACAUACUAGCUGCUACUUUUAAAAGGCAUUUCUUCAAGCCUGAUGGUUUCUUGGUCUUAAGUACUUAAGAACAAUAAACAGAACACUAAACAUUUUCUCUAGAACAGUAAACUAAGCUCUGGGAAAAAAAAAUAUUUAUAUAUUAAUAAAGUGUUUUUGUUAGCCUAUACAAGAUAAAUUUAAGCUUAAAAUGCGUUUGAAAUGAAAAGCGAACAAUUCUUCAUAUCGACAAAAUUAAAUAUUAAUGGAAUACAUGAUACACUUACAAAACAAAAACCAACGUAAUGGUUUAUUGGACGAUAAAGACACCAUAUCAAAAAUCAAUAUUAAAGCUCGUGCUUAAUUUCGUUUUCGGAAUAGAUAUUCAUCUAAAAAUGGAUAUUUUAAAGAAAUUAAAUCUUUCUAAAUAAGAUAAUCAUUCAUAAAAUAACAAAUUACUACUUAUCUUGUUUUAAAUGGGCAAUAAUCAGUCGUUACUUAAUCAGUCGUAUUAUAUUUAGUAGUAGAGUAAACAUUCUAGAAAAAAAAAAAAAAAACUCUGUAAAUCGUUUUAACAAAAACUGUAUUUAAUGUUAUGUCUUAAAUUGCAUGUUAUUUUCAAUUACAUAUUAAUCAUAUUUUCAAAAUAAUUUAAAUCACGAGACGUUUGAGAUAGGUACAAAUUACGUGGUUUCCAUUAAUCAAUAUUUAUGCCACAAUUUCAAAUUCUUUACUAACAUAAUUUAUCAAUGCAAAUUUAAAGAAACUGACAGUUACUUCUGAUUAUAACUGAAGCAAGGUGACAAGGUCAAUCCAAUGACAAAUCAAGAUAUUAUGUGCAAUGUUUUAAUGAAUAUUACAUUCAAGUACGUUGAGACAAGAAAAAAGUUUUUUUUUUUUCAAACAUUCGCCGAAUCUAAUGAAAUAUUUAGUGAAAUAAGCAAAACAUUUUUUUUUCCUUUAGAUUUAGAAAAUAAGCUGUACAUUUUUUUCACCGAAAAAGUUUAUAAAAUAUAUAUAAAGCAAUUUUUUUAUUAAGAUUUUGAAUAAAACAAGUUUAAGUAGUUAAUGUGAUGUCCAUACCGGCUAUUGUUUAAAUGAGUAUAAGACAAUUGAUAGUGUGAAAUUAAUUGUUGUUUUUUUAAACUUUUAUUUUAGAAAAAGAGACUACAAAUUACAGGCCUAAUGUGAGUAUAAACUCUAGUCAAUGGAAAAAUAACGGUCGUCGGUUACAAUGUAUUUAAGAAAAGUUAAUUUUUAAGCCAAAAAAAAAGUUAAAAGAAUGAAUGAACACAUACUCUGGUAGUAUUCUUAUGCAAGAUAUUAAUUUUGAAGUGCAAUAUACACAUUUUUGCAAGCUGCUUGUUACCGUUAAUACAUUUGAUAACUGUUACUGAACGAAUAUAUAUAUAUAUAUAUAUAUAUAUAUAUAUAUAUAUAUAUAUAUAUAUAUAUAUAUAUAUGUGUGUGUGUUUUUACAUAUAAAAAAGAUAUAUAUAUAUUUUAUAUAUAUAAUAUUAAUUUUGAAGUGCAAUAUACACAUUUUUGCAAGCUGCUUGUUAUCGUUAAUACAUAUGAUAACUGUUACUGAAAGAAUAUAUAUAUAUAUAUAUAUAUAUAUAUAUAUAUAUAUAUAUAUAUAUAUAUACAUAUAUAUGUUUGUGUGUGUUUGCACGAAAAUAAGCGGUAAAUCUGUAAUAUAUCCAUCUAUUUUUCAAAUCUAGUAUUUGAAUCUCUUUUUUAUGUAAGAGCUGCUGUUUUUUAAACCAUAUCAACAUUAUUUCCUUGUCAAUACUAUGACAGCUUCCGACAUGAUACGUCUUUGAAUUUUUUGAAUUAUUACUUUUAUUUCAUGUCUGCUAACGAAGGAAUCAAGUCAAAACUUUUAUUGGAAUGUUCUGUAUUUCCUAUAAACGUUUACUGGUCUUAAUUAACGAUUCUCUUUAAAAUUAUGAACAUAUUCAGUAAAUUAAAAUAGACUAUUAUAUAUUUUAAUUUAGCUAAUGAUCUUUGUAAUUUAAAAAAAAAUCCCUAUAUAUGUAAUUUGUUUUCAGGUGAAUUUCGUUGUCCGGGAUAGUGGCACUAAUAAUAAUGACAAGGCAGGCGCUUUAAUAGAUGCAUGCUUGCAUGGGCAAUUGGAGGAUGUCAAAAUGCUAAUACAAAGUGAUACAGAUAUCAAUAAAAAAGACAAAGAUGGUUUGACACCACUAAUGCACGCACUUGAAGCCAAAAACACAAAACUUAUUGAACUGCUGAUAGAACACGGCGCCGAUUGUGAAGAGAAAACAUCGCAAGGAAUGACGUAUUUAAUGUUAGCGGCUGUCAAAGGAUUAACUGACAUCGCAGAGAUGCUUAUUGAUAAUAAUGCAAAUGUUAAUGCUACAAACAAGAUUGGUUCAACAGCGUUGAUGAUUGCGUCGCUCCACGGACAUGCUGACAUAGUUGCAAUGCUUAUGCAAAAAGGAGCUGACGCUGGAUAUAGAAAUAAAGAUGGCAUGGACGCAUUGAUGUGUGCAUCGAAAAAUGGACACACGUAUAUUGUUAAAUUAAUAAUAGAAGAUUGGAGUAAUAAAACGUUAACGAAAUCUUUAAUAAAUGAAAGAACGGUGAUAGGACAAAAUGCAUUAAUGUUUGCAUCUCUAAAUGGACACACUGAGACUGUCGAGUUACUUUUGCAACACAAUGCUGACGUCCGGUUAAAAGAUUACAAAGGUUUUACGUGUUUAAUGUUCGCAUCUCUAGAGGGACACACUGAGAUUAUUCAGAAACUGAUUAAACACAAAGCUGAAUUAAACCAAAGAGACAACGAUGGCUUCACACCCUUAAUGUUGGCAUCACAAAAUGGACACAAAGGAACAAUAAAAGUGCUGAUGAAAAAGGGAGCUGAAGUCAAUGCUCAAAACGCAUCUGCUCGAACCGCUUUGAUGCUCGCAUCAAGUAAAGGUCAAACUGAAGUUGUUCAUUAUCUUUGCAAACAUGGAGCAAAAGUAAAUAGAAAAGACUCAAAACAAAUGACAGCUCUAAUGUUUGCAUUGAAAAAUAACAAUGUGGACAUUUCUAGCAUGCUGUUGAAAAAGGGAGCUAAGGUUAAAAAAGGAGAUAAAAAUGGCCUGACAUGCUUAAUGUUGGCAUCUAUACACGGACUAACUGAAACUGUGGAAACUACCAUUAAAAAGGGAGCACAUGUUGAUGACAAAACCCAUUUAGGUCUAAAUGCCUUAAUGUACGCAUGUGAAAAAGGUCACUCGGAGACGGCGGAAUUGCUUGUUAAAAACGGUACCAAUCUGAACGAAAAAGACAUCACUGGUGCCAACGCCUUAAUGUUGGCUUCCAAACAGGGUCAUGCAGACAUUUGUAGACUGCUGAUACAAAAUAAAGCAGCUGUUUGUGAAAGAGAUCAUCAAAACAAAACUGCUUUAAUGUACGCCAGAGAAAAUGGUCAUGCUGAAAUUGUGGACUUGCUUACGCCUAUGGAAAACAAAGAAAAUGAGGCAAACAGUUACAGAAAAGAUUUAGAGAAAAAAAAGAAACGUAAAAAAUAAAAUUGGUAAUACAUUUUUUUAUUUAUUUUAAAUAUCAAAUGGGUUACUGUUUUUUUUUUUUUUAAAAUCAAAUCAUGCAUUUUUAAUUGACUUCAAAUUAAAUAAUUUAAUAGUUAACAUUAAAAAAAUAAAUAAAUCAUAAAUGAUAAGAGGGCAUACGCAAACUCUCUAGAGGUAAGAUAUCGUUGGUGUAUUAUCACAAACCAGCAUUGUUCAAAUCGCUUAAAAGCAUAGGCUAUAAAUGAGAAGAAUGAUAUAAAAAUGUUGUGUUGCAUUGCGUCUGUUGGAUUGCGUCUGUUUAAUGUAUUGCACUUAAUGUGGAUAUACAUAUACUACAGAACGCUAAGUUAAAAAAAAAUGCGGGUCAAUCGACAAUAUUGUGUGAUGAAUAUUACGAUCAAUCUUACGAAUAGGGAAAUCUUUCUGCAUUGGAAUAAAAGGUAUUGUGAAAAAGUUUGCCUUAUAUUCGGACAGUUGCGGUUUUUAUUGUUUGUAUUACUUUGAUUUUUUAUCAACUGUAAUGGGUAACCUAUUUUACCCCUAACAAAAAUGCAAUUUUUAAAACUAAUUUAUGUCCCCCACCCCACCCACGAAAUCCCGUAUUUCCUCCCUUCCCCCAACCCCUUCCCGACCCCCUCCCUUGAAGUUUGGUAUUUUGAAAACUGCAAUUUUGAAAGUCCAAUCGAGUUACAUAGUAAGGGUACUUAAUCUCGUCUUAAUUUUAUAAAUUGAUUAAACAUAAAGGGCUCUUUAUUCAUUUUUAACAUUAAAGUCAUAUCUUUUAAAGGUAUUAUUCGAAAUUUCCUUUCCAUUUAACUUGAUGUAACAAGAAUGUAAUGAGUUUAAUUUUAAUAAAUUAACAAUUGAGGCAAGUAGAUAUAAACGGUUAUAAUUUAUGAGACUGCGUUUAAGGUAUUUGAUAAAGAUAUUUCAGAACGUUAUGUUUAGUCCUGAAUCUAAAAGUUAUGAACAUUAAAAGGACGUUUAAGCUAGAUGCCUUUUUCAGCGG